UUUGAAUCAAACGAUACUGUGUGACUGACUGCAUAUACCAAUACAAUUUGUAUGUUUUUAUUAAAGUCGAGCGAAUAGAACACGCGAAUGGCAAAUAGAAAAGAAGUUGCGCAUUAAAAUCGGCGCUUUACAUUGCAUUUGUAAACGGUGACAACACCAGUCGAGAUUAGUUUUUAAAGCGAACUAAACUUGUGCGGUGCCAAGCGAAAAUGAUGAACGGCACCAAGCCAGGCGUGGUUCUCAAUUGUCGCACAUGCACGCGUGCAUGUAAACAAUACAAAUCGCUGCAAGAUGAGAUUGAAAUUGGACCGGAGGGCAGCACUACACUGGCUAAUAUGCUGCAAUUCUGCUCCAGCCUGUCAUUCGAGCCGCAAGAUGGAGCUGCAAUGCCCCAACACAUUUGCAUGCAUUGCCUGCAGCUGCUGGAGCAGGCGUUCAACUUCAAGCGCAUGGUUAUUGACUCCGAUGAGCUGUUGCGCCUGGGUCUCGAGGAGGUGGACAACAAUGCCAAUACCAGCGGUAGCAACCAGGAGUAUGUGAUGAUUGAAGUGCUGAACGAGGAUACUGUACCGGAUGUAGGCAAACAGGACUCCAGUUUGCACGAAGUUGCAGCGCUUGUCGAAACGUACAGUGAGCAGGAGCCGGAACAUGAGGAAUUUGUCGUCGAUGACGUUUGCGUAGAUGCCGAAGAAGAGGUUGGUGCCCAAACAGAGACGGAAGAUGCUAUCGAGCCAAUCAAUGAGUUCCAUGCGGCUGACAUAGAAUAUGUGACAAUUAAAACCGAAUACGACUCGCAGGUGGAGGACGAAGAUGACAUCGAAAUUAUAGACUCCCCGCCCAUGGAAACGGUCAGCGAGCAAAUGCAAAUCCAAAUGCUAGACGACCAAAUGGUCAUGAUCACAGGCGAGGAGCCCAUCGAUGAGGUAAUUGGCGAAGUCGAAGCUGAGGAUAUUCUGGAUAUCGAGCGUGAGGAGCAUUUGAUAGCUGCUGAUAGCGAGGAGGGAGAAGAAUUUAUGGAAGACUCCGAUUCUCGGCUCUCCAUUCCGGUUGUUACUGGACCGCCAGUCGAGGUACUACCUCACGUUUGUCAUGUGUGCAACAAAGCAUUCCGCCAGCAAUGCCGCCUCAAUCAACAUAUGCGCUCCCAUGUGGAUGAGAAGCUCUACACGUGCGAGAUGUGCGGCAAGAAGCUGAAGCACUUGCGCAAUCACAAGGAGCACAUGCUGACCCAUACCAAUGCCAAACCGCAUCAAUGUUUGGUCUGUGCUCGCUUCUAUCGCACCACAUCCAGCCUGGCGGCUCACAUGCGCACGCACGCCGAGGACAAGCCAUAUAAGUGCGAUCAGUGCGGACGCAGCUAUGCGGCCUUCGAUCACCUGCGCCGGCACAAGCUGACGCACACCGGCGAGCGUCCCUAUGCGUGUGACUUGUGCGAUAAGGCGUACUAUGAUUCGUCGUCCCUGCGGCAGCACAAGGUCAGCCAUACGGGCGAGAAGGCGUUCACCUGCGAAAUCUGCGGUGUUGGACUGUCCCAGAAGUCCGGCUAUAAAAAGCACAUGCUGGUGCAUUCCGGCGAAAAGCCGCACAAAUGUCCAAUCUGCGGACGCGCCUUUACCUUCACCAGUAACCUGAAUGCCCACGUGCGCUUACACUCCGGUGAGAAGCCGUUCAAGUGCGACAAAUGCAUGAAGGCAUUCCCAACCAAAAAGCGCCUUAAUAGCCAUUUGCGUGUCCACAACAAGGAGACGCCAGUGACCACCACUAGCAAUACCACCGGCACAAACUCCAGCCCCGAUCGUGCCAAUGCCGUGGCGGCGGGCCGUCGCACCGCCGCGAAUAUUCCCGAUGUAACUGACCAACAGGUGUCCGCCUCCAAAGUGGUUGUAGUGCUGUAAGUGCAAUAAGGAAUAAGCCUAGUUUUUACACUUAGAAUAUAGAAACCUAUCC